GUUGGAUUUUUAUGAUAGGAUAGCAUGAUGGUUCAACAAACUGUGAAUCAAAGAUUUGGAAAAUGCUUGCUUGAAUUAAGUGGAAAUAAUGCUAUAAUUGUCAUGGAUGAUGCUGAUAUUAAGUUGUCUGCACGUUCUGUUCUCUUUGCGGCUGUUGGUACAACUGGUCAGCGCUGUACAACCUGUCGUAGACUGUUGCUUCAUGAAAGCAUAUACGAGAACGAGAAGGUACUUGAGCAAUUGCUUGAUGUAUACAAACAAGUGAAGAUAGGGGAUCCACUGGAAAAUGGUACCUUCCUUGGGCCAUUGCAUACUAAAGCAUCAAGAGAUAACUUCGUGAAGGGAAUUGAGGUCAUAAAGUGCAGGUAUGACUCUUAUAACCUUACUUUGGAUUUACCUUUUCCUGAUUUUUUCACAACUAGUGGCUCCAAAUACUUCUUAGUUAAGGUCGUUCAAGGGUUUUGAUUUAAGCACCAAAGUCUUACCUUGGUUUUGUCCCGUGAUGAUAGAUUAGUCCCUUGUCUCUAUGUAUAUUAUUAUAACCAUAUGUCAUGCUUUAUUAAACUUUUAUAAAAUUCUAUAGGUACAUCAAGGAGAGGAAAAUGUAUGACAUGAAGAACAAUUGCAGUCGCACGAAUGACAAUUUUUGGGCGGUGGAUCUCGCUUAAAAGUGGAGCAUGGUUUUGGAAUUAAUUAGGCAACUAGCUAGUAAUCUUAUUUUUUGGGAAUAUAUUUACGCUAGAAGUAGAUAUAUUUAGGUUGGAAGUAAAUAUAUUAGGUGAUCAAACUUCUUUUGGGAUUUGAUAUAUAUACGAUAGUACUAUAUAUAUUAAGUACUUGGUGUUGGAAAUUGUCGAACGA